AGGACGCCAUUGUUUUGUCUGUUGAUUAUUGAAGUAAUGAAGCUAGCGGCGUUCGUAAAGUAAUAAAACAGUGUAGAUUUUAUUCACAUACUUUGUUUGGUGUGUAGACAUAACAAAAUAUCAGUACUUAUUUUAUUUAUGCAAACAUGCAAUCUGCUGGAGGCACGAAAAAUCCACCGUGGGCACGGUCAAAUGUGAACACAAAUAUGACCGGCAUGAAUCCACAAAUCAUGGAUCCAAAUGCGAUGAUGACACAACAGGGAAUGAUACCAUUUCAACAAACUCAAGCAAUGUUUAACCCGAUGCAAGCUCAAGGCGGGAUGACAAUGCCGAUGCCAGGGCAAAUGCCAAUGAAUCAGAUGGCACAAGGUCAGAUGUAUCCUGGCAACGUUGUAGCGUAUCCAACGCCUCGUGCGAUGAACCAAAGCAUGUAUUCCAAUGCUCAAGCAAACCAACCCCCCACUAAUACAGAGCAACGAGUUUUUACUGGAACUGUCACCAAAGCUCACAAUGAUUUUGGCUUCGUCGACCAUGAUGUAUUUUAUCAAACAUCCGUGUGCGCUAAAGGUAUUAUUCCUAAAGUGAACGAUAGGGUUCUUGUUGAAGCUUCUUACAAUCCUAACAUGCCCGUGAAAUGGAAUGCGACGCGGGUGCAAGUUCUGCCUAAAGCUGGUCCAGGGACUAAGCCACCUCCUUCUAAAUCAAACUCAUACAAUGCUGUACCUCCUCCAUCAUCGAAAAAAUCAAUGCCUCCGCGGCGAGAUGAUAGACCACCACGCAGGGAUGACAGAAAACGAUCCCGCUCAAGGAGUCGAUCACGUUCAAAGGAAAGGCGUGAUAGCAGGAAUAGGCGAGAUUCGCCACCAAGAAAACGGUCAGUCAUCCGUCAACCAUCACCAGUCAAAUAUGUGGUUCGUGUUCCGAGAAUACCACUGGAUAUACAAAAAGUAGAUGUCCCCACAUUAUCUCACAGGUAUACAAACUUGUAUAUCCCAUCAGACUUCUUCAGUGCCUCUGUGAAAUGGGGUGACACAUUCCCACCACAGGCCCCCUUCUCUUUAAACAACCCCUGCAGCUAUCACAUUAUGAACAAGGAAAUUGAAUGUCCCAAUGGAAAUGAUGCAGUUUUGGAACCCCCUGAUGCAGAUUACAGAUUUUCUGCAAAGGUAAUGCUUAUUAGUAUGCCUACAUUGGAGACAUUGUAUCAAAAAUGUGGUCUGACGAAACCAGACGAGAGAGACAAACGCUCAAGUACCAACAAAACACCUUUACAUCCUACUCGCAUGAUAAAAUUCCUUGUAGGACAAAAAGGAAAAGGUGGUGAAAACUUUGCCAUAGGUGGUCCCUGGAGCCCUUCUUUGGAUGGUGAAAAUCCCCAGACGGACCCUAAGGUUCUUGUGAAAACAGCUAUCAGAACAUGCAAAGCAUUAACUGGAAUAGACUUAUCAGCAUGCACUCAAUGGUACCGAAUGGUGGAGUUUUGCUACUGGCGCGAGGGCAGCGGCGGCAAGUCACGGCUCGAGUGUGUGGUGUUGUACCUGCCAGACGUGUGGUCUGCUCAACCUUCGCAUAUCGAGUGGAGCAACGUUCAGGACCAGUAUAAAGCAGCCUACGAGGCGGCUGUCAGGAGACUCGACGGCGACGCGGCGGCUCCCGGCACCGGUGGCGCGAAGCAGCCGGCGGCGCCGGCAGAGGGCGACGGGACUGCGGACAAAUCCUCAAUUGAUGAAUCCAGUCCCAAUGACAGCACAAUAACAAUAGAUGAAAAUGAUGAUGAUGAAAACAGACCAAAACCAACACACUAUUCUAAAAUUGAUAUAAGAACGAUAAAAGCAGAUGAACUAAGACAAGAGUUGCGAGCUAGGAAUGUGAGCUGCAAAGGGCCACGUCCUCAACUUAUUUCUCGUCUCUCGAAAAUAUUAAAAACUGAAGAAGAAAAGGAUGGUAAAGUGGAUGACGUCAUGGAACUGGAGGAUGAAGAGGCCGAAGCGGAUGAUAAAAAUGGGCAAAAAUAUGAAGAUCAAAACGAGAAUGCAGUUCUAGAGGCAAAAACCGACCAAAAUGAGAAUAAAGGGAACAAUAAAACUGAAGAGUUAGACCAAAAUGAUCAAAAAGACAAAGAAAAGGAAGAUAAAAGAUCACAGAGGGAAAUUGAAGAAGAAAAAAGGAAGUUGGAAAAAGAGAAGCAACAAUUAAAAUCUCGUUACGAGCUGCCAAGUACGCCACAUGUUAUAGUGCAUCCGUCCGCGACUGCCAAGGGCGGUAAAUUCAGCUGUAAUGUGGCCACACUCUCACUCUUACUCGACUAUCGCAUCAUCGACAAUAAGGAACACAGCUUUGAGCUAUUUGUGUUUGCUGAACUGUUCAAUGAAAUGUUGAUGCGUGAUUUCGGUUUCUACAUCUACAAAACACUUUACACAUUACCAGAAAAAAUUGACGAAACCUCAGAUAAAAAUUCUGAUAAGGCUGAAAAGAAAGAUGAGAAAAAAACGGAUGAAAAGAAAGAUGAUAAAGAUAAAAAAGAUGACAAAGAUAAAAAAGAUGAUAAAGAUAAGAAAGAUGAUAAGGAAAAGAAAGAUGACAAAGAUAAAAAAGAUGAUAAAGAUAAAAAAGACGAUAGGCGAGAUGAUAGGCGAGACACGCGUAGAAGAGAUAGGAAGGAUUCCCAUAGUGAUGAUGACAGGAGUAAUUCGCCUCGAAGACGCAGCCGAGGCGUGGAACUGCCCCCUGAUCCUUAUUUGUUAUUAUCGUUGGUAUACUUUGACACUUCACGCGGCGGCAGCAUGACUAAGAAAGACUUGCAGAACUUGUUCAUGAGUCUCGGCCUGCAACUGUCUCGCUCACAAGUACGCACUAUUUUGGACAAAGUGUGUGUGAAAGAUGUGUUCAACUACAAGUCACUUCUGCAAACCAUUAAAGAUCUGGCAUCGGGCACAUCGGAAGCCAUGCAAGACUUACCACUGGACUCAACAGUAUCUUCAAAUGAAGUUCCUCCACAUAUUACGGAAUUGGAGGAAGCUAUUGCAGCAGGCAAUCGCAACUUAUUGCCCAUAUUUAAAGAUCCAAAUGAAACCGAGGGCAGUACGAGUGGAGGCACUAAGGAUGUUAGUGAAACUGGCAUGGUGAUGUACAAGUCGCGGCUGGUGGAUGUGGGCGCGUUGGUGGCAGCGGAGGCGCGCGGCGGGCUGGUGCGCGCGCGGCUGGAGACGGCGUUGGAGGGCGCACGCGCUGCGCUGGCCGCGGCGAGGCGUGACCAGCGCACCACGCAGCAGGCCGAGCGCGGCGCGCACAAGCAGCUCGGCGACCUCAGCGCCAGCCUCGCCGCUGCCAACGCGCGUGUAUCCUCGCUCACGGCGAGCUCCAAAAUAUUCCAUUCCGCUUUGAAGAGCAUACAAUCAAUAAUGGAAGCAGUCAUCAAUAUAAAAUAUGACGAUGAUGAUGUCGUAGAAGUCCCCAAUGGACCAUCAAGCAAUGAUAAAGAUACCAACAAGGAAAGUGAAAAUGGCACUUCUAAUGAAAAUAGCGUUCCGGAAGGACAAGCGUCCAAAUCGGAAACAGAAGUGGAAACUAAAGCAGAACCACAACAGACUGAUGGCAAGGAUAUCAUAUCAUCUGAAAAUAUGGAAAUUGACGACAAAGAAUGACAUUUGUUGUAUAGUCAUGAUAGACCAUCAUAGUAUAAAAUCUUCAGUGAUCGUAAGCAACCAAUACAUUAGUUGAAAUGAAAAAAUAAGGUUUUUCCACACGUAGAUGAUACGAAUGUGUGUAAUUCAUGUGUUUGUAAAUUUUGGUACGCUAAGUACAUUUUUUGAUAUGUAUUUAUACAUGAACAUGAAUGGCGGGAUCACACUAUGAAUUAGAAAACCAUACGCCAUUUUACAAUCUUUGUGUAAUAUGUUAUGCGAUUUUAUAGUGUAAGUUGCGGUAUUCUAACUUGCUAAGGAAUGUUUUGGACCAGAUUUGUGCGCUACUUUUACGGACGGUUAGACGGGCGUUUUUGUAGCUCGUAUGAGUUCUUAACAAAUUUAUUGACAUGCGCUUACAAUAUAACAAGGAAGUAAUUGUUAUUUCUAUAACGAGCGCUUAAUCAUAGGGAUAAUACUUUGUAUGCGAUUCACGCAUGUGUUUGUGUGUAGGCCGAUAAGCUAUUUGAAAUAUCUCGCAAAAGCAGACAAUUUUUUUUUCAAUUAACUCAAUAUCGUUGCAAAUCGUCAAUACUCUUCAUGAAUUCACGUUGUAAAUCGAGCAAUAAAACUAUAGAUGUAUAAAUUACAUAAUUUAUUGAUUUAUUCCUUACAAAACAAUAUAAUCGGAUCCCAUAAGCAUUGAUUUAAUAUUGCGAUUAUAUAAAGUAACAUUGUUUCUUCAAAUCAAAAUAUAAAAUAGCAAGUAAGAUCUAUUAGUAUGUAUAUAUAAAUUAGGAAGCCAUCUUAAAUUUACCUUCACAAUUAUCUUCAAUUACAGUAGAAAUAUUUUUGAAUUAAUGUGAUAAAAAUAUCGAAACAAGGACAUUGUUCAUCUUAGUUACUCAAUAGUUUCUUCUCUGUAACAAGAAAUUGAAAACGCAGAUGUACUUUUUGCUAUGCUAGGAUACGUUCCAUGUAACAUUAAUAAAUUGGAUAUGAUUAAACUA